CUUCCUGAGCCGUUCUCGUUUUCCUUUCCUGGUGGCUAAGUCUGACGACAUCGUCCCCGCUCUUUUCUUUUCUUCUUCCUUAUUCCAUCUUUCCCCUUUCUCUCUCUCUUGCUGGUUCUGUGAGCCCUAGUUUCUUACCGUUACUGAUCUCACCAGCGGGUUGAUUUCGUCGGAAACGGAACUUCGCAGGGCUCGGGAUCCAUUCUCGAAACCCUAGAUUUCUCCAGAACUCUCUCUCUCUCUCUCUCAUAGUUUGGUAGGGUUUUCGUCUUUUCGAUCAUCGUUUUCCGUAGGACUUUUCUUGCUGGUUUCUUAGGGAAGUGUAGUUCAGAGAAGAGGGUUUUGAUAGAUUCCGCUUUCAGCGCAGCACGUCGUUUCUUUUUGAGAUUGGGGAUCGUACAUUGAGGGAUUCAGGUAACGGAUUCGGUUGGUUUGUGUUGGGGAGGAGUUCGGCGACGGGGAAUUCUGUUUUGCUGUGUUCGCUUUGGUUCUUGAAGCUCAAGGAUGAACGAUAAGGGCCAGAUGAUGAAUCGAACCUAUGGAGGGUGGCACGGCGGAGGUAGCAGUGGGACGAGCGUGGCUGGUGGGUAUCCACAGUCUGGCCGUGCAGGAUGGAAGUCGAAGAAGAUGGAUAUGCGGCGGAAGGGGAGCGAGGGUGCGCCAGCAGCACAACAACAGGGUGUUGUCGGUUACAACCCGCCGAGGCUUCAGGAAUUGCAGACUCAGAACAGGCUGAAAGCACGGCGAUUCUACCCGAAGCGGAAGUUCCACAGGUUUGCGCCCUAUGCGCCACGGAAUACGACGUCUUUUAUCAUCCGUGCGAAGAAGUCCGGGGGAAUUGCCUCUCUGGUCUCUCCCUGCCCGGUCACUCCCGCUAUCUUGCCAACCCCUGUUAUUUCGCCCUCAAGAGAGGGUUUGAUCGACAUGGCGAAGGAGGAGUGGGGCGUCGAUGGGUAUGGUUCCAUGAACGGAUUAAUUCGUCUGCGAUCGCCAGGAAACGAGGAAAAUCGGGAUGAGACGGGAACAUCGAGUGACAGCGAGAGUGAUGUGGAGGAGCACGUGGAGGUGGAGCGGAGGCUGGACCACGAUCUAAGCCGGUUUGAGAUGAUCUACCCUUCUGGUUUUGGCGGUGACGAUGAGUCGAGAUAUGAGAAUCUGUUGGAGAGCAAAGUGGAUGAUCAGGACGCGCUCAUUGCACAGUUGGAGGAGGAGAAUCUGACACUCAAGGAGCGUAUGUUUCUGAUGGAGCAGGAGAUUGUGGAAUUGAGACGGAGGCUGAGGAUGCUGGAGGCUGAUCGAGUCGAGGCGAAUAAUGAAGAAGUAUCUGGAAAUGAAGGUGGCGGCGAUAUUUCUUCAGAACAAAGCGUCGGGGACGGAGAGCCCGAGGUUGUCUCGUGUGCUGACGUAGAUGAGGUGAUAUCGCGGUCCGAGCUGGAUGUGCCCCAUAUGGAGGCAUCGCAAGCAGAGGCUGAGAAAUCGCGUGCAGAGCAGGAUGACAGAUCAACAGCCGAGCCGGAGGCUGAGACUCUGGCGUUGGAAGUUGAAGCAGAGAGGACAACAAAGGCUGAUAUGGAGGUCGCACCAUCCUGUGCAUAAUUUGUGUUCGUUCGAAGGACGAUGGAGGCGAGAUCAGCGGAAGGGAAGGAUCAUGGUAGGGCGCAAAAGAUAGCAUGCAUGAUUCGUUUCUUCUCCUGCAAUUUCUGGGUUUUUGUUAUCAGAAGGUGAUUUGUAGGCGACAGGUUUAGAGCUCGUGUGUGAAGCCGAGUUCUCUUCAGGGAAAGGAGGGUUUUGGUGCAGGUAUUGAGGAGUAGAUUUUCCACUCCUCUUUUCCUCAUAUUUGGAGGAAUUUUGUGUUUGCGAGGAUAACAAAACUGUUCUUUAUCUUUCUUGGAAGCUGUGGGAUUGCUCCUGCUUCUCCGGCAUGAUUCUGCCCCUCGGAGUCGUAGUGGCCGUUGGUUCGUGUAUCCAUCGGAACCCGGGGAUCUGCCUGAGCAGAUCUGAGGUACAGAUUCACAUUGUAAGCUCUGUGCUUGUUAUAUUUAGAAUUUUCUGCUUUGUUGUCACCAAUCUUGCUUUCCAGUUUUCUAGCGAAGGGAGCUAUAAUUAUCCGCCUGCUCAGCCGGUUAGUGGUGGCAUCCGACCCUAUGCUUAACGAAGUUCUCAUCAUGAGCUCAGGUCGGAGCAGUCUAUGGCGGAUCCAAUGUGACGAUGUGGAACUUCAAUCAGCUGGCUGUAUCAUCCAUCGUCUGUGUCUCCGUGACGCUCCCUCAUCCUGAACCGACCUAGUUUCCGAGUGGAAGGGUCGGGAACCCCUUGGUCCUCUAUUUGCUGGGUUCACGAUGAGGGUCGGACAUACUCUGCCGGUGGCAGCGUUCUGAUUGAAGCCAUAUCUGCAUUUUUUGUUUUCGGGCAACUGUUGGAAGAGCCGGAGCCCACGGUCGGAGAGGUUCGUGUGGCCUCGGCUUUAACUAAUUUUGUUUCUACAAACUGGCCCCCAGUCGCUUCUUGAGAUCUGAUCCAUGUCUCGUCACUUUGUCACCCAAGUUUUCUCCCUCGGUGGGAACGUUUGUUCUCGUACAAGCCACAUGCUUGAACUUGGAGAAGAUCCAAAAGAACGUACGCUUCCAAUGUGGACGUCGGUGGCAGGUCCGCCUACCCGCGGGUCGCCCAUCGACAACCAUGAGUUCAUGAAUUCUAGACCUCCUCCGACUUUGUUUUUAAUUUGAUGCGAAUCUUAUCCCUUUGGCGGAUAUGCCAUAUAAGUAACCGUCUUUUUAGGUUAUAAACAACCAUGGGUUAGCCAGAAAUCUAAAUGUGUUAGCCAGCAAUCUAAUUGCUCUCCACUGCUGUGUGCGUUCGAUUACAUUGACGCAUUGUCAUUAUUCGGACUGGUUUAUGUACAAAACUAAUAGUUGUUAUACGAACUCAGCUGGUAUCCAA